GUUUUAUAUUAGUUUCCCUUGCAGCACUUCCGGUUGUUGAACAAGAUCAAAGCGGGAAUUCAUCUGAGACGGCUGAAGGAUGAAUUAAUGGUGAAAAAAUCGCAGCAUGUUUCCAUUAAACAGUUCUUGAUAACCAAGGAUCCAAAAGAGUGUCCAUCAUGUAACAGAAAUGGAUUGUAGCGAAGUCUAGAUAUAUCACUAGCAUGGAUACCAAGACGGGACGUCAGCCUAGUACAUUCGCAGGGAAGGUGAAGGCCUUGUUGAUGCGAGCCUGGAGGGAACGGUGGACGGACAUACAAUGGGGUGUGCAGCUGAAAAAGGUCCUAGCCAGUACGGGAGGGGACCCUAAGGAUCUCCCAGGUCUAUUAUUUUCAGAAAUUUUGGUUCAUCAGGCAUUGGUUGGACCUAAUCCAAACACUCUCAUUUUAUCAUUCCUGAAGUAUACUGUUCUAUCUCAGGUUGUGCCCCCUAGUGCUGCAUUUAACCUCAUCACCAGUUUUGACGACCUGUCCAAACCUUUCUGUACGCUGGGCCUGAUUGAUUUGGCAGAGGCAUUCGCUUGCAAUCUGAGUUUUACCUGCAGUCUGGACAGUAGUCUAACACUGUGUAAGUGUCUACAGAACACACUCCACUGGCUGAUGUUGUGUAUACACCAGUCGCUACAGAUGAUCAAGGACGGACACACUCCCCUGGAAAUCCUGGCUAUCAUUGACAGUGCCAGUGUCGCCGCUCAGAAGAUCGGAGAUAACACAACAGUGCAGGCUUUGUUGUAUGUGGCCAUGUCCGAAGACACAGACAAAUUUCAUGACUUUGAGCAGACCAAAGUCAAUGUCCAGGGCACACUAAGUCAGCUUCAGUCGGAUGUUGUUCCCAGUCAGACUCGCCUGAAGGUGGCAUCAGCGCUUAAAUCCCUCCUCAAAGUACAGGACUUGGCCCUACCUACCCAGUCUGUACUGGAGGUGUCUCAUCUCGCGAUCUGUCCCACCAUCAAUGGACUGGUAUCCCUGGAGGCCAUCCUUAACCCGACCAGUGACGUUCAGCCGUUUGUGGAGCAGUUGUGUGUCACAGAAAAACUUCUGAAACUAAAUCGCUCCUACCUGUACUGCGAGCUGUUCCGUGCCUGUUUUAUGGGGCUAGUGGAUUCCGCAGACAGUCAGGAAGAACUCAAGUGGGCAGCAUUUACUUAUUUAAAGCUGCCACAAGUGCUGCUGAAGUUUAACCAACAGGCUCCCGGACAGGACUUCGGUAAAGAACUGGAACAGGGAUUUGACCUCCUGCUCAACUCUGUCCCACUUUUGGAUCUCACUGAUGUCAGACUCAACUGUGAGGCUUUGUUACAACUGAUCCACGAGUGUAUGAAAUACGACCUACUGUCCCAACCACAAAUAGAGCGUCUACUCACUCGCAGACGGAAUGAAUCGGCCAAACCGGCGAAGAAUUCCCAGCCCACAACUCAGCCGAGUGCUAGUCUAAUCCUGCGAGCCGAGAGUACAGUGACAAGUAUACUUAAGACUCUGGAGGAUAAGAUCCGUCUUGACUGCUCCAGUAAAGACCGUAACACUCUGGACGCCGACUGCUCCAAGAACCAGGACGCAUUGAUGGGCGUGCUUUGUCAGAUGUUGUCUGGGAAAAGCUUCGAACUCAUCUUAGCCGCAGCAGCUGCAACCGGAGAGCUUCAGAGUUUUGCAACCAAACUUAUCAAAAUAAAUGAAUUUGCGAAGCAGACUCAGGGUGAGGCCGGGAAGGCGGCUCAGACUCGGGUACUGCUGUUUGAUAUCUCCUUCCUCAUGCUCUGCCACAUCACACAGCUGCACGGAAUAGAGAUUUUUUCGCAGAUGAUAUCGAUGUCGCCAGAGUACGCCGACUCUUUCUUCAUCCAGUGGGCCCAGCGUUGUCUGCCUGAGGAUGGCAGGUACAAGUGUGUGGAUAACUACAGUGGUACUGACCAGGCAAAGGUUGACCUUCUCCUCAGCCAGCUGACCAGAGGCGAUGAGAUCAAACAGAGUUCAACAAAAUGGCAUGAAAUCUGCCUGAAUGCUCCGUUUGCCAUUCAAGAAGUGUUGUUUGCCUGGGAGCAUGGAGCUUUGGGCUCAGAUAAUGUUAAGGUGAUACUAGAGAGAAGUCAGAGUCGUAUGUGCAGUAUUCCGGUGGUGAUGUCUGCCUGGCUGUGUAGCUAUAUGAACACAGUGGGAGAUGAUGCCAGAGAGAAACCCUUACAGAUGCUACAGAGACUACAGGUCAAGAUCAGCUCUCCUGACCCGGAGAUCUAUUAUGGAGAGAGGUCUCAUUUGAUGGGAAUCAUACUCCGAAAAAUGGUGAAUGACAUUCUACCGCCCCACAUAAAAGACACGUCGAUGCAGUUUAUUCCUCCCAAUGCCGUGCCCAGCGCAGUCAUGGAGAAAUGUCUGAAGGGAGUGAUGGCCAAAGGCUGGAUAGACCUGAGGAGUGUUCACACUCUGGAACAGCUACUCAAUCUGUGUGGAUCGGACUGGUUCUGUGAUCGCGCCAUCUUGCACAUGUUGAAUAGCUCUCGGCUGGAAGACCUGACCCAGGCUCUGGGCCUCCUGUUUGCUGUGUUUCACCUGGACUUGGAGCACAUCACAUUGAGUUUGUUAUUGCACACUGUACCGAAACUACUCCAGUCUGCCGACAAACAACAGCUCCUGACAGACCCACGAGGCUAUAUCCUGGCCAAGGCGUGCGUCCUGUGUAUUGUAGCUGCACAGACUGCACGCAGUGUGGCAGGCAAGGCCACCAUGUCCCACACCAGAAGGGGCUACAGCAAACGCUCGCGGAAGGAGAUGGAAUUGGAGAGUCUUGAUGAACCGGACUCUCGCCCUGUAAAGAGGAUGAAGACAAUGGAACCACAACUCACUCUCGACUCUGAGGGAUUUAAUCUGGAUUUUUUGACCGCUAAAGAUGAUGGAGAAGCGUCGCCUAUUAUAGAUACUAAGGACCCACUCAACAAGGCUUUAGCCAACCUCCUGCGGCUGAUGAACGCCAUUGCCCACAGUACAACGAUAAGUCCACGGACUAGCUUCAUCGUGGCGUUCAUAGAGGAAAGCAUAAAGUGUGGGGGACAGUACUCACAAUUCAUCCACCAAUUUAUACCCCCUCAGAUGCUGUCUCAGAUCAUGAAGAGCAUACCGGGCGUGUUCUCGAACCAGCAGAUUGUCCACAUUUGCAAUCUAGCCGUUCCCACUGGCCGCAAGGUAGCUGCAAAAUGUGUCUGUCAAAACUCUAAAAUUCGACCAGAAUGAGGCUGCAAACUCGGGCUGAAGUGAUUUUAACUCUCAUCAGAGCGAGGCUACAAACUCUAACCAAAAUGAGGCUACAAAUUUGAAGGCUGCAAACCUUCAAUAUUCCGUGCUUAAUAUUGAGCAAAACACAACUCCAAUAAAUUGUGGCUAUAAACUCAAGUCAAAGUGAAAUUACAAAAUUGGACCAGAGUGAGGCUACAAACUUAAGCCAGAGUGAGGCUACAAACUCUGACCAGAAUGAGGCUUCAAACUUUUGCCAGAGCCAUUCUACUCAAUCAAGUGAGAAUGAGGCUAUAUACAGUCGCUCAAAGUGAGGCUGAAAGCUUGAGCAGGGCCCUGUUGUUGCCUUAUAGAUUAAUUGGUAAUUGGUGAUAAGCGUGUUCUUAUCUAGUGUUGUUCAUCAGUAAUGCCAGCAAAUGCUAUUUUGAUGUCCUUCGAUAAGUCCAUCCCCCUGCUUUGAGUCCUAGAUCAUGAAUUGAACUUCUUGGCCUGUUGCAGGAUGAAUGCAAUAGUUUGAGAUCCAUUCAAAAACUUUCAGAUUAAUGUCAUUCACAUAUAGUAUUGGAUCAUCUGAACUUGACAAACAAGAUUUGCCUAGCUCUGUCGCAGUUUAACAAACACCAAAUCCUUCCAAAUGUUCAUGCAAAAAGGGAUUAAUUGAAGAUGGACCAUGCGUUUCUGAUUGCAUAUGAAUAACAAUGUAAUUCUUGCUUAAUAUGGAGCAAUUGUUAAAAUGAGUAACUGAUGGAAUGAUAAAAGUAUGCUGUGAGUAGGUUUUGGAUGAUCGAAUGUCAUUGUAAAUUUGUCAUAUUUGAAAGUGCUAUUUAAUUCGUGCAAUUUCCUGCGAUGCAUCAGAUGUGAAUUAAAGAUAAGUUUGGGUAUUUUUUUUGACACAAUUACAUAAAAUAGAAGAAGAAAAACAAAAUCUGCUGAAGAGUUUUUAUUUAGUAUCUUUGAUGUUCGUCCUAAAACUUUGUUCUUGUUGGCAAAUACACUUUUUACUUGAUGAUUGCAGUACAUCUGGAUCAACGUUGCAAUUUAUUUUUAUGGUAGGAAAGUGUGGCAGAAAAGCAAUGAAUCAUUCUUGUGUGAUUGACACGAAUCUCAACUCUAGGGAUAAGAUUUCUGAAGUUAACCCUUUCACCACUGUAGACCAUAAUGGACUUACCCAGAUACAUGUAUGGUAGAGUCUACUAAUGUUACCUAGGGGUAAAAGGGUUAAGCACUGGAUAAUACUAAACAUGAAAUCUUAACACUCGGGAUCAGAUUGCAACGUCUACAUUACACAAGAGAUUUAAAUUCUCUUCAAUGUAUUUGGUGAAACAGGAGAAUCAUUAUAUGUAAACCAGUACUUGUGCAAGAGUGAAUGUGUUUUUCAUUAUCAUGAAUUUCUUUACAAUUCCAAUGUGGGUACAAAUUAAAGUUAUACAUAUAUAAUGGCAAGACUGGGUUGGUGAUCUGCGGUGUCUCAGUAUUAUAUGUUAACCCUCUUUGUAUAUAUUAUUGACUCGUAAAUCAAUAAAAUAUUGAUUAAAUUAUAAA